CUGACAGACCAGAGUAGUGUGAGUUUGACCACAGAGAGAGAGACAGCAAGACUGAGAGGAGAUCCUACAGGCUGAUUUUACUAAAGCAAAAGGGAAGAAUGACUUGGGAAACGGAAUAGCAAAGAAACUGAGAUAUUCCUCGAGACCUUUUUCACCUGGAGGAUUUAAAAUAAGCUGGUGGUAAAGCCAUGGAUCCGUCGCUGACCGGCAACCCAGCCACCCUAAAACCCAGCCCCUCAUCUCCCUCCACCCUGAGGCCGGGCCUUUCCUCUUCCAGCUCAUCAUCUACCACAACCGCACCAACCUCAGACCGCCCCAAGCCUAAACUCACCAUGCCAACACCUCUAACCACACCCUCAUCUUCUCCCUUCACCGCCUCCCCUCGGACUUCUCCGGGUCUUUCCUCCCGUUCUUCUUCCCUGUCCACACCGCCUGCCUCCCCUCUACGCCAGCCCAUCAGGAGCCCUUCUCAGGUGGGCAGAUCUCAGCUUAAUGCAGCCUCUACGGGGACUGGAUCCACAGCUGCUGCCAUGGCUCCACAGCCUCCUCCCACACCUGAAACAGAAGAGCCAGAGGACGAGGUCACUCUUGAGGAUUUGGAGGAGAGAGCAAAGUCAGGAGAUGCAAAAGCACAGACAAAGAUGGGGCGUUACUUCCUGGCGCUAGCAGAAGAAAGAGACGAGGAGCUGAACAACUGUACGGCGGUCACUUGGCUAGUCCAGGCUGCUAAACAAGGCCGCAAGGACGCCGUCAAACACCUGCAGCAGUGCUUAGCCUCCAGGAAAGGCAUCACUCUGGAGAACUUUGAGGAGGUGAAGAAGUUGUGUACAGAGACGCGCUUUGAGAGAGGAGUCAGGAAAGCCGCUCUGCUAAUGUACUGGAAGUUGAACCCGGAGAGGAAGAAGUCGGUGGCUGUUUCUGAGAUGCUGGAGAACGUUGAACACGUCCACACAGAGCCGGGCAAGCCAGUGUCCCCAGGCCCACUAAACAGAUCUGCCAAGAAACAGAGGAGAGUCCUGGAGAAUAUGGUCACCAGUGAAGCCAGAUGCCAAGUGGGUCUUGAUGAUUUUGUUGAGAUGACUAAGAAGUACGCUCAGGGCGUUGCACCCUCACCAGUCAUGGCUUCGGCAGGAGGUGAUGAUGACGACGACGACGAUGAUGAUGUAGUAGUGAAGAAUCCGGAUAAACUGCCCUUACACCAAAAGCUGCUGAAGUUCCCUCUGUUCGCUUUGCUGGAGAUCAAGGAGCACCUCAUCGACUGGGCGUCACGGGCCGGCAUGCAGUGGCUCAGCGCCCUGAUCCCCACGCACCACGUCAACGCACUCAUCUUCUUCUUCAUCAUCUCCAACCUCACAAUCGAGUUCUUCAUCUUCCUCAUCCCUCUGCUGGUGUUCUACCUCUCGUUCUUCUCCAUGGUCAUCUGCACACUGCGGGUAUUUCAGAAUUCAAAAGCAUGGGAAAACUUCCGGGCCCUGACAGACCUGCUGACUCACUUUGAACCCGGUCUUGAUCUGGAGCAGGCCGAGACCAACUUUGGAUGGACACACUUAGAGCCUUAUCUGUACUUCCUGCUCUCGGUGAUCUUUGUGGUUUUCUCUUUCCCCGUUGCUGAUAAAUCCUGGAUCCCCUGCUCAGAGUUGGCUGCCGUCGCUCUCUUCUUCACCGUCACCGCCUUCCUCAGCCUCCACGCCUCAGCUCAGCUCUUCGCCCGUAAAGCGCUCCUCACAGAGGUCCUCUCCGGAGCGUGCUCCCUCACCCACCUCCUGCCAGACUCCCUCCCCUGGUUCCUCAGGGUCUUUGGGAUGACGUUCGUCUCUGUGCCUAUAGGAGACGUUGUAGUGUUCAACCUGGGGGUGCCGUGUCUGCUGUAUGGACACCUUUUCUAUCUGCUCUUCCGUAUGGCCCAGCUGAGAGGCUUCAAGGGCACCUACCUGUGCCUGGUGCCCUACCUGGUUUGCUUCACCUGGUGUGAGCUCAGCUUGGUGUUCCUUAACAACGCCACUGCAAUAGGACUGAUCCGCACCGGCGUCGGCUACUUCCUCUUAAUGUUCGCCCUUCCUAUACUCUCACUAGGCCUGGCUGCUCUGCUCAUCAUCCAGUUGCUGCAGUGGUUUCUCGCCCUGGAAGUGACCAAGAUGGUGGUCACCUUAACAAUUUGCUUCGUGCCAGUAGUGUUGAGGCUUUGGACUCGCUUCAGCCUCAACCCCAUUGCGGUUUUUCGGUCUUUGUCACGGAGCAGCGUCGUGAAACUCAUCCUGGUGUGGCUCAGUGCCGUGGUGCUCUUCUGCUGGAUGUACGUCUACAGGUCUGAAGGCAUGAAGGUUUAUAACUCCACCCUGACGUGGCCCGAGUACAGCAGCCUCUGCGGCCCUCUGGCCUGGAAAGAGGGCAACAUGGCCCAAACUCAGAUUCUCUGCUCUCAUCUUGAAGGACAUCGUGUCACCUGGACCGGACGUUUCAAAUACGUCCGCGUUACCGACAUCGAGAACGGGCCCCAGUCGGUUAUCAACCUGCUGCCUGUGGUUGUGGGGAACUGGAUGCGGUGUCUGUAUGGCGAGCCGUAUCCUUUGUGUGAGGAGGUAAAAAACAACACAGCUGAGUCCCAGCCUCUGCCCGCUCCGGCUCCUCCUCCAGAAAAUCCCCUCUGUAAACUAAAGAAACUGCCCAAGCACGAAUGUCACAUCAAGCGCUUUGAUCGAUACAAAUUCGAGGUCACGAUGGGCAUGCCGCUGGAGAGGAAGACCAGGAACGGGACGAUCAUAGAGGACGAAGAUGCGACUAAGGACAUAGUCCUGCGGGCCAGUAACGAGUUCAAGUCUAUGCUUUUAUACCUAAACACAGGAAGCGUGGUGGAGUUCAGCACCAUACUGGAGGGCCGUUUGGGCUCUAAGUGGCCCGUGUUUGAACUGAAAGCCAUUCACUGCCUGUCGUGCGCCAACGCCAGCUUACCCAGCCGUAGGCAGUACAAGAUCGAACACGACUGGAGGCGCACGGCUCAGGGCGCCCUGCAGUUUGGUUUUGACUUCUUCUUCAACCCCUUCUUGACCGCUCAGCUAGAGCAACACUCGGAGCCUGAAAUUGAGACUGUGACACAGGAGGGUGGGUAGAGAUCAUCUGGCGACCGCACCUCUAAGAUGUAUAAUAAUGAUAACACUAGUUGAAGAACAUUAUUGAUUGGACAUCACUCUUCUUAACACUGCAAGAGGGUGGACACAUAAUCAGACAUUUGUGGUAUCAGUUCCUGUUGUAAACCUGAUCUUGGGCGAGUGUGUGUGUGUGUUUGCAUUCUUAUAGCUUUUGAGCCAAAACAUGUGAGAACACGUAAUAUAAUGAAAUGAAUUAUACAAAUGGGGAGGAACACAGACUACUAAUGUUUUUAGAAUAAGUAAUUUACUGCCUAACACUAAAGUAAGAAAUCUAAACCUCCUCAGCUGUGGUCAGUUGUGCAUUUCAUCCGACAGCCUGUUAAUGAAGACGUUUUGAAUUUGUUCAUUGUACAAACAUUUUGUGUGCUGAACCCAUUUACAUUUAUCAGACAUUUGUAGCCAAAAUCAUCAGUAUUUCAAUUUUACCGUUUCCCUGUUGAACUGUAUUCUUUGUUGUGUCUGUGGCCGACAAGUUAGAGAAGAAAGGUUUUCUCUUUUUACACAACAGGUUGUAAUGCUGAUGACUUUCCUUUGCUGUCAUGCUUUAAUCAUUUAAUAUUAGACAGUUUACUGUAUGUGCAGUAUGUCAUUGUAAUGGGAAGUUAUUUUUAAGUGCCUUAUAAGACAUAGUCUCAAUUCAAAAGUAAUUUGGAAGAGAAUAGACUAAAUCAAGUCUUUAAUCCUUCACCUUUCAAAAGCUCAGCUGCCUCUGAAGUUAUCCUCUAGUUUAGCUCUGCCUCCUCUGUUCUCUCGGAUCUUUUUCUCCUCUCGCUGUCCUCCUUCUCCUCCCUUGUUUGCCUCCGUCUCUGCUGUGCAGAGAUUUAAUAUAUUGAACAUUUGCAGUCCCUGAGUGAUGAUGUGUUUUAAGUUAGGAUGUCACUACUGUUUUCUUUACUGUGACCCAUAAACAUAAUGAAAACA